AUGGAUCCUAAUCAUUUUCAUUAUCAACAAGCUUUUUUCAAUUACAUGCAAAAUUAUCAAAAUCAUAAUCCUCAAAAUUCUCAAAUUCCACAGGUGCCAACAAACCCCGCCAUAUUUCUUCCGUCGCCAAACAAUUCAAAUAUGUAUCCUAUACCUCAAAUGAAUUCUAAUAGUAUGGAAUUCUCUACUCAAGUUCCACCAUUUUCUACUCAAGUCCCACCAUUUUCUACUCAAGUUGGUACUGAAAAAGAAGAAAGGGUUGUCGUUAAAAAAAGAUCUCGAGAGCAAUUUACAAGGGAAGAGGAUAUACUACUUAUCCAAUCAUGGCUCAAUGUUUCAAAGGAUCCAAUUAUGGGAGUUGAUCAAAAGGCUGAGAGUUUUUUGUUAAGAAUUGCUGCUAGUUAUAACCAAUAUCGUGGGCAAUUGCGGGAAAAGUUAGGGGGACAAUUAAAAUGUCGAUGGCAUAGAAUAAAUGGCAUGGUUCAAAAAUUUGUUGGAUGUUACAAAAUUGCUCUUAAAGGAAAGAAAAGUGGGACAUCCGAGACCGAUGUCAUGGCAGAUGCACAUACUAUUUUUGCUUAG